AUCAUAAUUACGGAGCAAUGGGCGGCCCAAUUAGUCAAGAACAUAUUUCAACCGUCGGAUCAAACUUAACAAAAUCAACGGCCAAAUCGUAUGUCAAUUUCCGUUCACACCAUUCUCAAGAUUCCACAUUCCCCGACCUACUUUCGUCCCCAAAUCAAUUCCCAUCCAAAUAGACUCGUGCCCUAAUUUCGACAAAUUAUGCUCCGGCCCACCAUUAAUGCCCAAUGCACCUGGACGUCAUCGCCAUCAACUGAAACGCUCGCUCCAACUUACGUCCCCAAAUCCCUGAGAUUCAUUCGAGCCAUUUCCGAAAGUAGCUACGGAAGAUUUGGCAGUGUUACUGGAAUCAGCACUAGGUUUUCAUCGACCAUGGCCUCAUCUCCUGCGUCCAGCGCCUUGGAGACUCAGCGUCAGUCUGUUCCGGCUAAGGACGAGGCAUCUCAGAAUAGCUCCGCUCCUCCACCUGUUCAGGUUGCAAAGAGGUUGGAGAAGUUCAAAACUACAAUAUUCACACAAAUGAGCAGCCUUGCUAUCAAGCAUGGAGCAAUUAACCUCGGCCAGGGCUUUCCGAACUUCGAUGGACCAGAGUUCGUCAAAGAAGCUGCGAUCAAAGGCAUCAAAGAAGGUAAAAAUCAGUAUGCUCGUGGAUACGGAGUUCCUGACCUGAACACAGCUGUGGCUGAUCGAUUCAAGAAAGACACUGGUCUUGUGGUUGAUCCCGAAAAGGAAGUCACAGUCACUUCUGGCUGCACUGAAGCAAUUGCUGCAACAAUGUUAGGGCUAAUAAACCCGGGUGACGAAGUAGUUGUCUUCGCCCCAUUCUACGACUCCUACGAAGCUACACUUUCCAUGGCCGGGGCUAAAAUAAGGUCUGUCACAUUGCGCCCCCCAGAUUUCGCCAUUCCCAUAGAUGAACUGAAACCAAUUGUCUCUGACAACACGCGGGCGAUCCUAAUGAACACUCCACACAAUCCAACGGGGAAGAUGUUCACCCGGGAAGAACUUGAAGCCAUAGCGGAGCUAUGCAUCAAGCACGACGUACUGGUAUUCUCUGACGAAGUCUAUGACAAAUUAUCUUUUGAAAUGGAUCACAUCUCCAUUGCUUCACUCCCCGGCAUGUAUGAUCGGACAGUGACCAUGAAUUCUCUCGGGAAGACAUUCUCCCUGACGGGGUGGAAGAUCGGGUGGGCUAUAGCUCCCCCACACUUGACAUGGGGUGUCAGGCAGGCGCACUCAUUCCUCACCUUCGCCACAUCCACUCCAAUGCAGUAUGCAGCUGCAACAGCUCUUAAUGCGCCAGAUUCUUACUACGACGAGCUUAGAAAGGAUUAUGCCGCGAAGAAGAGUAUACUGGUGGAGGGUUUGAAGUCUGUGGGAUUCACAGUGUUUCCGUCAAGCGGGACUUACUUCGUGGUUGUCGAUCACACCCCUUUCGGGCAGCCAAACGAUGUCGCCUUCUGCGAGUAUUUGAUCAAGGAAGUCGGGGUCGUGGCGAUCCCGACGAGCGUGUUCUAUUUGAACCCUGAAGAUGGUAAGAAUCUUGUGAGGUUUACAUUUUGUAAAGAUGAAGGGACUCUGAGAAGUGCAGUUGAAAGGAUGAAGAAGCAGCUGUUGAAGAAGUGAAGAGAGGUUUAUUCUUCUGUGUUAUUGGGCCGGCCCAUUUAUAAAAAUGCUUAUAUUAAAAUUGGGCUCCCAGUGGACUUUGCCUGAGCCCAUAUUAUUUUUCUAUCAAUUUAAUAAAUUAAUGGGCAGUGAAAUUACAUUGGCGAUGGGCGGUUUUAUUUGUAAUUUAUUUAUUGUGCUGCUAAUUGUGGAAAAGAGCGUUACAUUAAAGAAUGUAGGCAGAAAUGAGAAGACCUAUUUUAUAAAUGCUUUAGGGCUGAUAAUCUCUUUUCUUAGCUGGGGUGUGGGCAAUAAAUUGGUCUUAAUUAUUUUA